UGUUUCUCUCUCUUCAUUUUCACUCUCCAAACUCAAAACCCUAGCCUUUCCCCCAAUCGCCGAAUUCGAUUUCUCUCUGGACUCAUUUGAGUUCAUCGGAGAUCCGAAACCAUCUCACGGCCAAACCACCGCCGAUUUCCUCAGAUCCGCGGCUCAAAACGGCGCCGUAUUUGUGUUUCUUGGUCUGAGUGAUUGCUCCGAUUCGAGUUCCCCGGCUUCGAUUCGAUGGCCUCGCGAAACCAGAAUAGGCCUCCCCGUAGUCCCUCCAAUAAGAAGAUUGGGGUGGACGACGUUCCAUUAGACAAGCGGAGGAGGAUUGCUGGGAAGGCGGACGGACAUAGUAGCAUGGGGCGACCACGGCUGCCGUUGACCUCUGUUAACAAGAGGCAGGAAGUUGGAGCUGGCAGUGAGGAGGGUUCUGAGUGUGCUGAGGCGGAGAAAGAGUUCACUGGAGAAGAGAUCGAGGAGUUGUUGAACAAGAAGUAUACAGAGAAGAAGUUUGAUCAUAAGGGGAACGCCCAACGGCUAACUGCAUAUCAUAACAACCUGAAGGAUUGCAUCAAGUGGCAACGGAAGGAUAGGGAAAACCUUCAGAAUUUAUUGAAUGCUGCUGACAAGAAGUGUGCAGAUAUAGAGGUGGAGCUGAAGAACGUGGUUGAUGAGCGCAAUGCCAUAAGUUCAAAAUUGCAAGAAAAUAUAGCUACCCUAGAAGAGAAACUCUUGAAGGAAGAAUCAGAAAAGAUGGAUGCAAUUCGUAGUCACAAAAAUGAAAAGGAAGAAAGGGCUGCUCUAUUAGUUGAGCAUGAAAAAGUAUGCGCUGAGCUUGAAAAAGUACGGGAACAGAAAUUAGCUGUGGAGCAGAGGGCUAUCAAGUUUGAGGAUGACUAUAAUCGAACACAAGAGUAUAACAAGAGCUUGCAACAAUAUAAUAGCAAGCUGCAAAGUGAUGUGAACACAAUGGAUGAGUCCCGGAAACGGGCAGAAAAUGAGAAGCUGACUAUGGUAGAGAACCUUAGCAACUUGAGGGGUCACAAGAAGGCAUUAGAAGAUCAAGUGGCUUCACAAAAAGCUUCACUAGAUGACGCUUUGAAACAAAACGAAUGUCUGCGAGGGCAAUUGCAAGAGGUUAGAGAUGACCGUGAUCACCAUGUUAAAGAGAAUCAUGAUUUGAAGGCUGAAGUUGUGAAGGAUUUAGCAGAGCUAGAUAAACUGGUCAGGAAAACUAAAGACUUGGAGGAGACAUGCUCAUCUCAAACGAUGCAGAUAGAUUCUUUAAAGUAUGAGAGAGAUCAAUUAAGGCUUGAAAGAGAUGUGUUAAAGCAGGAGCGAGAUUGUGCUCAUGAGAAAAUUGAGAUGAUUGAUCUAUCUGCCUCAGAAAUAACGACAAGAUUUGAGGAGCAAAAGAGAGUUAAGCGUGAACUUCGAAAUCGCCUAGCUGAAUUUGAGCAGAAAAUAUUGGAAGGAGAGAAACUGCGAAAAAAGCUCCACAAUGAUAUUCAGGAAUUAAAAGGUAAUAUUCGGGUUUUCUGUCGUGUGCGUCCAAUGCUACCUGAUGAUGCUGCUGAGACGCCAGUCAUCUCAUAUCCUACAUCAACAGAAGAUCUAGGUCGUGGAAUUGACUUAGUACAGACUGGGCAAAAAUAUCACUUUACAUUUGACAAAGUAUUUGAUCAUGCGGCAUCACAACAAGAUGUUUUUGUGGAGAUAUCCCAACUUGUACAAAGUGCACUCGACGGAUACAAGGUCUGCAUCUUUGCUUAUGGUCAAACUGGUUCUGGUAAGACAUACACCAUGAUGGGUAGACCAGAAAAUGCCGACCAAAAGGGAUUGAUACCUCGUUCAGUUGACCAGAUAUUUCAAACUAGUCAAUCUCUUCAAGCCCAGGGCUGGAAGUAUAGGAUGCAGGCCUCAAUGCUUGAGAUUUACAACGAGACAAUCCGUGACUUGUUAUCCACCAAUCGACCAAGUGGUGCAGAGUUGACCAGGACCGAAAGUGGUGUGGGAAAGCAAUAUACGAUAAAACAUGAUGUCAAUGGGAACACACACGUUUCUGACCUCACUAUCAUUGAUGUUUGUAGUAAAAGGGAGAUUUCCUCUCUUCUACAACAGGCUGCUCAGAGUAGAUCUGUAGGCAAGACGCACAUGAACGAGCAGUCAUCGAGAAGCCACCUUGUGUUCACAUUACGCAUUACUGGUAUCAAUGAGAAUACAGAACAACAAGUUCAAGGGGUCCUUAACCUUAUUGAUCUUGCUGGUAGUGAGCGAUUAUCAAGAAGUGGUGCAACUGGAGAGCGUUUGAAGGAAACUCAGGCUAUCAAUAAAAGUUUGUCAUCCUUAAGUGAUGUGAUAUUUGCUCUGGCAAAGAAAGAGGACCAUGUUCCUUUUAGGAAUUCAAAACUAACCUAUCUUCUCCAGCCCUGUUUAGGAGGGGACUCGAAAACCCUUAUGUUCGUGAAUGUCUCACCAGACUCUACAUCAGUAGGAGAAUCUCUCUGUUCUCUCCGGUUUGCGCACAGGGUAAAUGCUUGUGAAAUUGGUGUGCCUCGCCGACAGACAACCGCACGGCCGGCGCCUAGUACAGAUUCUCGCUUGAGUUAUGGCUGAUUAUGAUACUCUAUUGGUUUGUCUGUCUGAGCUUGACUGCCUCAGUCUAGCAGACACAGAAUCACUGUUUCUUGUAGCGAGGGCAAAGGUGGUCUAGCGUAGUCAUGUGUAUUAAUGGAUUCAGGGUGGGGUUUGUAUUAUGGGUACGCAGAUCGUUCUGCUUCAGGUUUCUACUAAUUUGUACUAGUUCCAUAUGCUUUUGUAAGUGUAACAUUUUGUUUUGGUUUAACAUGUUGUCAAUUGUCAUCUUAUGAUUCAGAAGCUGUGUAUUCGUGCUUGCGAUUCCAGUAAGAAAAUCAGAUGAAUAUCUUUGUUUAAUGAUUUAUAUAUUUCAAUGUAUUA